AUGAUUCCUGAGGCUUGCUUGCCACCCUGGGCCAAGGCGGGGCUGAAAUGCCCAUAUGGGCACACGUAUGGCGGCUUGAUCGGGACAUUCACCUGGCCCAACCAAGGCGUGACAUGGCUUACCUACGUGGCUGCAGCUUACUCCACGAUGCCCAUCGUGCUCAUUGUGGGCCUCUUGGUCCUCGGAGUAUGGACCCGAGGGGUGCGGGAGUUGAUCGCCCUCAUCUUCCAAAUCAUUUGCCCACUGGUGAUGUACUUGCUGAAGUUGGCGUUUCGCUCUCCGAGACCCGAGGGUAGCUGCGCGAAGAGCUGCGGCAUGCCCUCCGGGCACACCAUCGAGACUAUCGGCAGCUUCACAUGGCUGGCGCUGGAGGUCUACCACACCAGAACUCUCGAGCCGAGGCAGAAAGUCCUCCUGAUGUCAGUGGCGGGCGUGUGCCUUCUUCCAAGUGGCUGGAGCCGGAUCUAUUUGCAUGACCACUCCCUGGAGCAGGUCUGGGCCGGCGCUCUGGUCGGCACCACGCUGGCGGUGGCGUGGUACUUUCUGCUCACCACGCGGGUGGCCCGCUGGCUCAUCAAGUUGCUGCUGGCCUGCCUGCCGCUGAAGAGGAACUACCCCCUGGACCAGAUCGAAGAGGCGCCAUGGGCGCCGGUCGCGCCCCGCAGCUACGGGAGCGCAGCCAAGCCUGGUGCGGAGGCGAGUGAGGCGGAGGCAUCUGCAAUUUGA